AGUUAAAUUCAUAGUGACUUCCGGUUGUAGACGAUUAUUUAUUAUUAUUUGCAGUUUUCACGAAUUUCUGAAGAAAAAUGGAUAUUUUGAUGGCAGAAAUAGAGAGGAAGAGGCGGCAAAUAACAGAUAGCAAUGUAUUGGCACCAGAUAAAAAGUAUUUUAAAAGAGGAGAUUUAGCAGCUAAGCAAGCAGAAGAUUAUUGGAGAAAACAUGGUCGACUUCAAGCUGACAGUGAGAAUACGAAAGAAAAUGGUGAAAGUUCUACAAAUGAAACAGAUAAUACUCAAGAAGAAAAACAAGCAAUAUUACCAAGAAAGGAGGUUAUUCGUAAGUUACGAGAGAGAAAUGAACCAAUCAGACUUUUUGGAGAAGAAGAUUUUGAUUCUUAUCAACGACUAAAAAAACUGGAAGUUCAAGAACCAGACAUUAAUAAGGACCAUGGAUAUGAUAAUGAUUUUAAGACAGCUAUGGAUAAAGUAGAUGAAGAAUAUUUGGUGGAGAUUAUGAAAGGUGAAGGAAGUUUACCAUCUAAUGAUGUAUCUGUUAAAGAUGAUGGUACUUCUAAAGAUGAUAUUGACACUUUAAGAAGUGAAAUUGGUAAAGGCGACCCUAAGAAAGAUCAAGAAGUAAUGUUAAGAUUCUACAGGCUUAUAUUAAAAUUAUGGGGAGAACAAUUAAACAAGAGAGAAGAAAGUUUAAAAAGAACAAACAAAGGAAAAAUGCAGAGUGCUGUCCAUACACAAACAGUUGCUUACUUGAAACCUUUAUUUAGAAAAUUAAAAAAUGGAGUUGUAGAUGAAGAUAUAUUAGAUAGUUUGGUGUUUAUAACAGAACAUGUGAUGGAUAAAGAUUAUAUAAAGGCUAAUGAUCGUUAUUUAGAAAUGGCUAUAGGAAAUGCACCAUGGCCUAUUGGUGUUACUAUGGUUGGUAUCCAUGCACGUACAGGUAGAGAAAAGAUUUCAUCAAGAUAUGUGGCUCAUGUUCUAAAUGAUGAAACACAAAGAAAAUAUAUUCAGGCUAUCAAGAGGUUGAUGACUCAAGCACAGGAAUUAUUUCCUACAGAUCCUUCUAAAUGUUUUAAUUAUAAAUCCUGAGAAAAUUGUGGUGAAUAGUCGAUCUUAUGAUCAGAAGUAAACAAUUAAUUUGUCAUAUUAUGGUGAACAGUUGAUCUUAUGGUCAGAAAUAAACAGUUAAUUUGUCAUGUGCAAUGGAUUGAAAAUCACAUGGAUGCGAUUUGGUUCUUUUUGGAUUUGUUGUGAACAUAAGAAAGAGACAUAAAAUCCAUUGAGUUUGUAGUAAUCUCAAGAAAACGAUCUGUGAGAAUGUUUUCGUUCAGGAAUGUCCUUUCAAGAUUAAUGGUGAAAUAUUGAAAUAUAUGGUUAUUUACUAUAUGGACAAAAAAUUAUAUCUUAAUAACUGGUCAGUUUAAGUUUACAAAGUAUUUUUAAUGUAUGGUAAAAAUUUCAAUAUUUCUGAGUUUGAGGAUUCAUCUGAAUUUUUUCUCACUAAUUAUAUUGGAAUACAAGACUAUAUCAGGGGGCGUGGUGAUCCAUGAUUUUGCAAGAGGAACAUGAAUCUGUCCUGCCCCCCCCCCCCAAAUAAAACAAACAAUAAUUAUAUGUGUGUGCAGGGAGAGGGAGUGGGAUAGCAGCCCUUCCUAGUGCCACUGAGUAAUAUUGGGCUGUGUGGAACAUGCUAGAGUCGAUGUUAAGCAUUAUGAUUAUGAUUAUAAUUUUAAAAAAAUUAUUGAAACCACAUGAUUUUUUGACAUUUGCGAGGGGGCGCAAAAACUCAAAACCAUGACACAGAGCUCGUCAUUGUGUCCCUCUCACUUAGCCCCUGAUAUGUAUGCAAUAGAUAUAAAGAAAGUGUGCUGCAGAAUCGUAAAUUAUACAUGUAAUUAAAUACUGAAUUGGUAUUGUUAUAUAAAGAAUUACAAUAAUUGUUCUGAUAAUGAUGUAUAUUUAUAUUUUGAUUAACAUGAUUCAUGUAAUUUUUGUAAAUAAAACUGAAUAUACUGAACUGUU